AUGAAAUCCCUCAGUUUGACUCUUUUCGCCGUCGCCCUCGCCGGUGUGCAGGCACUGCCUGCCUCCGACACUACGCUUGCUGCAAACUAUUCUUUGUCGUCCGACGCCGCAUGCUCGGUCACGAAGUGCGGUAGCCCAACAUUUGUGUCCUGCUGCUGGCCCUUCAUUUGCAUCAACGCAUCUGCCGGUGGAACCUGCAUCGACAUCGGUCUCGGAAACUUGAAGAAAGCCUAA